AGUACUUACAGACUGCUCAAGGAAUUCAAUGAUAGUAACGGUAGUGUAUUGUCUGGUUUUGCUCCGAAAGCCAAGAACAGAGGUACGAAACAAAAGCAUACCCUGUUUAUGAUUGAUUACCUUGACAAUCACAAGUCUACAACACCUGGAUUGGCAAAAGAAGCUUUUCUG